GCCCACCGGCCCGCUUCCUUAUCUCGUCAUCGCUGAUGUCUCCCUCGCCGUGUCACAGUCGGCUAACAACACCGACCGUACUUCUUAAACUGCCAUUCAAACUACAGCAUCAAACCGGUGCACUUCCAAGAGAACUCUCCCUUUUAAAAAAAUAUGGAUUGACGGGUGGCAAAUAAAGCCAGAGAAGCAGCACCUGUGCGGGCCGGUCUGGGGGUGGGGGGGUGAAAUGCAGGACGGAAACGGCAAAGCAGCGCUCGGGAGCCCGGCUGGAGACAGUGCGGACACCGCGCAGAAUUCAGUACACUGGAAUGGGCAUUCUGUCACUCAAGAUGGCAACCACUCAACAGCUACGCCUUCACCACAGCCACAGUGUGACUCCAGAGCCCCAAGUCCUGCUCCACCUCAGAUCAUCCCGAGGGGGCAGUGGGGAGGGAAGUACGAGUUCUUGCUCUCCUGUAUCGGGUACUGUGUGGGCCUGGGGAACGUGUGGCGGUUCCCGUACCUUUGUUAUCGCAAUGGAGGAGGUGUGUUUCUCAUCCCCUACUUCAUUAUGCUAUUCGUCACGGGUGUCCCACUGUUCCUCAUGGAGCUAAGUUUAGGCCAGUACGGAGCAGCCGGCCCCAUCACCGUGUGGAAAUGCUGCCCUCUGCUCAAAGGUAUUGGCAUUGGGAUGCUCUGUGUGUCCACGCUGGUGUGUCUGUACUAUAACAUCAUUAUAGCGUGGACGUUUUACUACCUGGGCAGCUCGUUCCAGAGCCCUCUGCCCUGGUCCUGUGAGGCUGUAGCCAACCUGGGUCUCUGUGGAAACGGCACUGGUAAUAGCUCCACUGGUAAAGGCCUCAGCCCCACAGAGAAAUUCUGGAACGAGCAGGUGCUGGGUGUAGUAAACAGUGAGGGCCUCCACGACCCGGGCCCGGUCAGGUGGCCCCUGGCCCUGUGCCUCCUGGCUGCCUGGGUCAUCAUCUUCCUGUGUAUGCUCAAGGGUAUCCGCAGCUCUGGCAAGGUGGUUUAUGUAACGGCUACCUUCCCGUACUUUGUGCUCAUUGUUUUGAUCAUCAGAGGUGCCACACUUGAGGGCUCUCUUCAGGGCAUUACCUUCUACCUCACACCGGACUGGAGCCGGUUAGCUAAUGCACAGGUGUGGAAUGACGCGGCCUCACAGGUCUUUUAUUCCUUAGGUAUUGGCGUUGGAGGGCUGCUUUCUAUGGCCUCUUACAAUAAGUUUGACAACAAUGUCAUCAGGGACACUUUGAUUAUCACUGGAGGAAACUGCUGCACCAGCUUCUUUGCAGGAUUUGCAAUAUUCUCAAUCCUGGGUCACAUGGCAUGGAAGAAGGGAGUACCUGUGGGAGAGGUGGCAGAUUCAGGUCCUGGGUUGGCCUUCGUUGCUUACCCAGAGGCCCUUGCUCUGCUGCCAGGCUCCGUGUUCUGGUCCAUUAUGUUCUUCCUCAUGCUCUUUAUGCUUGGGAUCGACACGCUGUUUGGCAACAUGGAGGGCAUCACAACGGCCGUGCUGGAUGAGUUUCCGCACCUCAGAGUAAACAUGCUGCACAAAACCCUGUUCUUGGGCGCUCUGUGUUUCUGCUUCUACCUAAUGGGUCUCCUGUUGGUGACUAAUGGAGGGAUUUAUUGGUUCACUCUCAUUGACUCCUUCAGCACUAGUUUCGGCCUCAUCAUCAUCACCCUCUUCAUGUGCCUUGGCAUCUCCUUCUUCUACGGGGUCAACCAGUUUUGUCAGGACAUUAUCGAUAUGAUCUGCCCCUGCCCUGUCUGGUGCAUCAAAGUGCUGAUCUACUUCAAGGCAUGCUGGGUUUUCUGCACUCCAUUUCUCCUGAUGUUCAUCCUGACCUACAUCUUCAUUGAGAUGUACAACACGUCGCUCCACUACGGCGCCUAUGUGUAUCCACGGUGGGGUAAAGCAUUGGGCGUGUGCAUGGGCGCAACCUGCUGUCUACAGAUCCUCAUCUGGGCCAUGGUGGCCAUCAGCAAGGAAACUGGAACACUGAAAGACCGUUUUAAGAAAUCGAUUCGACCUCUGAAUUCCUGGAGGGUGAACAACUUGAACAGCACCAAUAGAGUAGGGGAGCGCGUGGAGCCCGAGAGGGUGGAGACUCCGUUCACCGUCACGCUCACAGAUAUGGACUUUACUGCGAUGAACUGGGAGAUGGGAAGCCAGGCGUGACAGAACCGAGAGCAGUGAUGAACAAACUACGUUGUCAAGAGACAGAAGAAUUUAUUAUUUUAUGUUUUUAUGUUAUUCGCGCCAGCUAGGCUCUGGUCGCCUUGUCUGAACAGACUGUGUCCUGCAGUUCAGUGUGGAUUUUUGCUUUAUUUAUACUAUUAUGGAUGUUGGAAUUCGAUUUUUUUUUUUUUUUUUAACUUUUUUUUACAUUGUGUAGAAUGUACGGUUAUAGCUGUAAAGUUUGGAUCAACUUUAUCUUAGAUGGCAUUAGAGGACUCUACCAGGACGUUUGGAUGUAAUGAUCCUGUAUCUGCUGGUUAUAUUUAUUAUCAUAGAAGCAUAGUACAAUGAAUUUUCACUGACCGUAGUGAACAGCAGCUGAGGGACCAGACGUCAUAAUCAUGUACAGGAGAGGUGGUGCAAAAAAGUGCAGUGUCCCUGGACUGUUACCUUCAACAACCACAAUGGACCUGGAGAGGUGAUCACAAAGCAUCGGCCUGUCAGAAUAUAUGCUGCAGUCAAGAGUACUUUUAAGCCAAUCUUACUUUUUAAAACGCAUGAUUACUAAAAUUACAGCUAGAUUAAAUAAAUCCAUCUUUUUAAAAACAACUUUUAAAUUAAGUAUUUGGUACUGUCCAUGGUUCCAUGUGACUUGUCUGACCAUCUGCAUUUCAACACAUUUAAAAAAAACUUCUAUGCUACUACUGUAGGCUGGCUUUUAGGUGGGACUAACUGUCUGACUAUCCUUUGUUUUCCUUCAAAAAUAAAUUGAGUCAGUGAGUAUCUACACAGAAGGUUUUUAGUUUUUCUAUGUGUACUGGAACUUGGCUUUGACCGUUCGUCAUUGUCAAUCCCCCUCUGCUAUAAGCACAAAGCCCUUUUAGUCAUUGAUUAGCUUUGGCUAAACAAUAACUAACUUUGAAGAAACACUCAUAGCUUAAAUGUAUUACCCCCUUUAGGACAUGAUAAAAAGUCAUUGUAUAAAUCUUCCUUACAUUUCUCACAACUUUCUGAAGGUGCAAAUGUUACCCUGAUUUGAGGACCUGCUUAGAGAAGACUUCAACAUCAGAAUAAAUGUUAUCUUUUGGCAAAUUGGCCAAACUACUUAAUAUAUAAAUGUUAUUGGACCAUUAUUUUACAAAUAUUGGACCCUUUGCUAGAUAAGCCUAAUAAUAUUAAAUUUGGGACGCAAAGGAAAUAAUAUGAAGAAUUACAUAAGGACAUGUCAUUUUUGAUUUGUGUGUAUUCAUAAUACGCGCCAUUGUUUUCUCUCUCAGAGCAUAUUUAAAGCAGGAUCACUUCUUUUAAACCUUGGGUUAAGAACAUGUUAUUAUCCUUUGUUUGAGGAUUGUAUGAUCAUACCAUGAAGCUCCUCUAAUUUGAGCAAAUCGUUUUGCCUUUAUACACCUUGUUGCCAUUCUUGGAUAUUGAU